GUAAAUGGCAUCAUUUUUAAACAUUCCAAACUUUUUGGUAAUUUACAGUGAAUGGAGACGGCAAAAUGGAUAAAUGAAGUGGCUCCCUAGUUGCUCGGUUUCUCGCUACUCCCAAAUCCUAAUGGCGGGAGCUGCUCCUUCCCUCUCCUCUCCACUCAGCUUUAGUACUGCCCCAAGACACAACCUCCAAUCUCAAUUAUCUCUCUCGAAAACUUCUUUCUGCAAUUUUCUCUAUCUCAAACGUGGCCUUUCUCUGUAUUCACCAUUUCUUACUCGUCACCCAAAGACUGGCUUCUUCUACCGUCGAAAAGGGACCAAACCCAACUCCAUUCUCUCUCCAAAUUCUCUAAAAACUGCAGAAUAUGAGUUCUCCGAUGGUGGUGCAGAACUAGAACUGCGUUUGCCAUUGAGUGGCCAAACUGUCCAUAGUUCCAGAGAUCUCUUUGUUGAUGUCCAUGAAAGCUCCUUAACGAUCAGAGUUCAGGCUACUGGAUCCUUUACAACUCUGAUGGAAAUUGCUAAUCUAUAUGGGACAAUAAAACCUUCUGAAACUAUCUGGUAUAUUGACGAGGACCAACUAGUUGUCAACCUUAAGAAGCAUGACAGUGAUUUGAAAUGGCCAGAUAUCAUGGAGAAUUGGGAAUCCCUCUCUACUGGAGCCAUCACUCUCUUGAAAGGCACAUCGGUUUACAUUGUUGGGGACUCAACUGAUAUUAAUCAUGAAGUUGCUAAAGAGCUUUCAGUUGGUCUUAAGUAUACUCCUUUGAGCACCAGUGAACUACUGGAAACAUAUGUGCAGAGAACAAUUGAUUCAUGGGUGAUUAGAGAAGGGCCAGAUUCUGUGGCAGAAGCGGAGAGUGCAGUACUCGAAAGUCUCAGUAGCCAUGUACGUGCUGUUGUUGCAACACUAGGGGGCAAGCAAGGAGCAGCCAGAGGGCAUGAUAAGUGGAGGCACCUUCAUGCUGGAUUCACUGUAUGGUUAUCUCGAUCUCAGGCCUUGGAUGAAGCCUCUGCCAAGGACGAGGCUCUUAGAGAGAAGCAAGAAGGUAGCCAAGCUUACUCAAAUGCAGAUGUGGUGGUGAAGCUCGGUGGAUGGGAACCAGAGCAUGCUCGACUGGCUGCUCAAGCUUGUCUAAGUGCACUUAAACAACUUAUUCUAACUGAUAAGAAGCUUCCAGGGAAGAAGAGUCUUUACAUCAGAUUGGGUUGUCGAGGUGAUUGGCCUAAUAUCAAACCACCCGGCUGGGAUCCAUCAAGUGGAGAGGAUCAUCAAUCUCUUGCGCAACAAGUAGUAUAAUGGAACACCUUCAAGAAAACUAUCAAAGCAAAAUUCCGAUAAAUGAAGCUUCUGUACUGUGAUUCUGCAAAUGAUAUGCCUCUUGUGAAAAUAGCAGAUGGAAUUAAUGGAGUGAAUUUACUAUUGGCUUUGGAAGUAGUGAAUGGUGUGCACAGGGUGGUGAUGCUACUAAUUCUUUAUGAUAAUGAAGAUCGUGCUUUUCUUUUCUUC